AAAAAAAUUAAGGAAUUUCCAAGUCGUCACCAAAAAAAAGAAACUCACUUCUCGACACACUUCCGACGCCCAUUUUGCAGAGCAACAUCAAAAAAAAAACCACUUCAUUGAUAUCGUAGCUUACGAACGUAGCUUUACGACCCCUAUACGAUCCCCCAUUGUUACGCGACCCUGUGCGAGCAUCAUAUGCAAUAUACGGUUCGUUUGACAACUUCUUCUCUUACCUGAACAUUCGACAUCCGACAUUCGACACUCGACACCCGCAUUCACAUUCCCAUUUUACGAAUCUGCUUCAAUCCCUCUCUCCCCUCCGACUGUCCUGAUUCUCACCUAAGCUGUAACCAUCUGCGCCCACGCCCCUCGAACUUCCCACUAUUGUUAUAGGCCGUAUUUCUUGUAGAAAGAUUGCAGCCCUUCCACAUCCGUGACAAUGCCUUCAAAUCUACCUUCGAGUUUCGCCUCAGCUGCUGCCGGACAGAACCCGAGCCGUGACACGAGACCAGGCGCUAGGAACGAUGGUCGAGGGAAUGCCAGCGGAGAAUGGUCUCGUCCGGCACGAUCUGCUAAUGGCGGUACUCUUACUUUCCGCCGGACGUCGACUACGCCUUCGAGUCAAUCCUUAAACCAGAUGCAAGGUUCUGAGACUGCCCAAUCGGCCACCGCUGACCCAGCCGUCAUAUCUGCUAUGCCUGUCGGCUCUACCAAUGUCGAAAGUUCAGGCACUCUGAGAUACUCGAGAGAUCAAUUACUCUCCAUUUUCAGCGCGACCUGCGACCCUAGUUCCCCACGACCUGAUAUUUCGGCCUUGUUCGCGCCCGGGUGGAAUCCGGGUCACGCCAACGGCUCCGCGUCUCGGGGAUGGGGUAAGACCGGAGACUCUCAUGUGGCCCCUCAAGAACCAGACAUUUGUUGGGAUACUCCGGGGUUGACCAAGGCUGUCGGUCUGCAGGAGAUGAAUGCGGAGGAAAAGGAGCUGUUCGCAUCCGACGUUAAUUCUUCUAUAAAGCCUCCCGCCCAAAAUAAGGACGGGAAUCAUCCCGGAGGAGGGGUAAACGGUCGAAAGACUUCGCUCUCCCACGGAAGCUCCGCCAAUUUCGGACUCUCUUCGCCUUCGGCUUCGUCAAGACCUGGUACGAGACGACGUGAAACAACCGACACGAAUCCUUAUUCCGGCGGUGGCGGCUUAACAUCUCCAGCAUCCGCGACGCGUCCGUCCCGAGAAGAUUCGUCCUACUGGUUUAGUCGAAAAAAUACGGAAGCCAAAGAUUUGACCUUCGAGGAGCCCGAAGAGGACGCUAAUGCGCGAGACGCUACCUCCAAGACUCUGCCUUUUGGUGGAUUGAUGCGUAACAACACGCUACCAAGCGGCUCCGGGUUCGGUGGUACGUCCCCUUGGCAAGCGUCGACAUCAACGUCGACGUCUACUUCGGCGGCGACUGCACUUCCAGGGAUAGGUAGUUUUGGGAACUUCGCCCUUCCGGGUUCCACUAUCGGGGAGAAGCGGUCCGGAAACCCGCGCGGCGAAAGUCGUUUGGCGCAUCUCAUUCCUAAAGAAAGCUCCGAUAGUAUCGCAACCAAAUCAAACGAAAGCUCCGCGCCAGAUUCGAACCGCCCGUGGCGCCCUCGGCAACGCACUGAUACCGACCCCUUCGGCGAAGACAGUGUCUCUGGCAGCGCUGUGUUAGGAGGCGCUCAAGAUACGAGCCCCCCUCCGAUGUCUCAUCUAUCUCUUCACGCUCCGUAUGACACUCCGGUGAAAGGUUCCACCAGCGAUUUCGGGAUGGCUAGCCUCAACCUGGGGGGCCACGCGGAACAUGAACAAGCCCCUCUAAGUCCGUCGGAAACGAAUCCUUACCGAAGCCCUCCGGGCGAACGUGGUGAGCACGAGGACGUCGGUGAUAGGCAACACGGCUCGGCCGGCGUCUCUGAUCACGUCUCCGGUUUCGGUGGAGGGAUGCCGCGCUCAUUUGCCCAUGCGGCAUUUGAUGGUAGUGAUCGUAGCCAGACCUCCAGCGUCGGGGCAAAGGCCUACCCACCGCUUAGCAACCUUACCGGUUGGCCAUCCUCGAGUACCCCAGAUCGCGAGCGAGCGCCCUUCUCAAGCUUCGGCGGUUCUUUAUUUGGCCCUGUUGGUGACCUUCAGUCUCCUGGUCUCGGGAAUCUCGGCGGCGUCUUUGGACCUUCGAGCGCGGGGGGCUUCGGCGGUUCCGGGUCCUUUGGUCGAGCGAGCAAGCUCGGCUCGCUAUUCCCUCCGGCGAUGCAGGCGCAGAUGCAGUCCCAGGAUAAUGAAAGUUUAAGCGACUCGAUACCCGAUCUUCGUCAGCCCAACCCGCUGGGUGCUAUUGGCCGUACCGCUCCCGGCGAACACGCUCGUGAAACCGAUAGCCCUAUGCGAGCAGGCAGGGGAAUUUUUGCCGAGAUGUUUGCCCAGGCCGAGCCUAGUCGCACUCCGGUGAGCUCUGAACCCUUGCACGGUGGCAUCUCGAGUGCCCCCCACAGCCAGGCCUUCGCGGCGACCAGUGCUGCGCCGUCGUUCACCGCCAGCCAGGCGUCCGACCCACCCUCGGUCCAGUCUCGUACUAUGGUCAUGCCGGACCGGAUGAGAUGGGUGUAUCUUGAUCCCCAGGGUCACCAACAGGGCCCGUUUACCGGUUUAGAGAUGAACGACUGGUAUAAGGCCAAUUUCUUCACACCAGACUUACGAGUUAAAAAGCUAGAAGAUUCGGAAUUCGAGCCGUUGGGCCAAUUAAUAAGACGUAUUGGCAACUCUCGUGAGCCCUUCCUAGUUCCCCAGAUCGGCAUACCUCAUGGCCCACCAUCUCAAACUGGCCCAUUCUCGAACUCGGGGGGCGUUAUCCAGCCGCCGCUCGUCAAUGCAUUCCCUAGUUUUGGUAGGACCUUGACGGCGGAAGAGCAGAAUAACCUCGAGAGGCGCAAGCAAGAGGAGCAGUAUCUAAUGGCCCGUCACCGCGAAUUCUACGCUACUCAGCAAUCGAUGGCUAGAGUUCCUAUUCCCGGCGUCCCCGGAUUGCACCACCAUUCUAGCGCUCACAGUCUGCAGAGUCAGCCGAGCUUCGGCAGCAUCACGUCACCUAUCACAAUGCCUCCGCAAGCCCCCAUCGGCGCUAUAGGAACUGCGGGUUCUUUUUUCGACACGCCAGCUACACAUCAAGCCGCAGUACAAGGUAGUUCUGGGCAGGGUUUAGACAUGUUUAGAGAAGACGAGCUCGCUCGUCUAUCGGGACCAGAACGCCAGAUGUUAGCUGGCCUCCACAGUGCCGGGGCGGUAGGCGGCAACCUCCCCCCGCAGCCUAUCGGCGCUCCCACUGCGGAAGCGGGCAUGCGAAGCCAGCUCCCGGGCUCUAGCGAACUUGUGGAAGACACCGAGGGCUUUCGAGGUAGACUACAAGAAUUCGAAAAGCUUCGGGCGCAGCACGACGCCGAAAUGAUGGAACGACAAACCUCGCCCUUUCGCGAACUUACUAAUGAACAAGCAUCCAAGUUGAGCCCGCCCGUUCAAACUGCUGAGUCCGGAUCUCCUAAAGAAUCUUCCGAAGCGGAGGCUACCCACCGCCAGGUCGAAAGAGACCAGUCGGCUUCUUUAAACAAGCAGUACCAGCAGGCGCAAGCUGCCGCCGCCGCCGCAAAGGCGACCGGGCUACCGAUGCCUUUCCCGCCGCCGCCGUCCGCUACUCCUUUGCCGGCCCCUGCUCCUCAGCGCGUCAAGUCUAACCUACCAGAACAAUACGCUACAAGCUCCCGAUCUGGUACGCCUGAUAUCACCCCGUCAUCCGCGGCAGCCCAACCGCCACCGCUUGCGCCGUGGGCUAAAGACGGCGGCAUAGAGUCCCACAAAGGACCUAGCCUAAAAGAGAUCCAGCAGGCAGAGGCUCUGAAAGCUGCUAAAGCUGAGGAAGCUGCAGCCCUUGCCCGCCGUGCCCAGCUGGAGCAAGAGGCAGCACGAGAACGCGAAAAGGCCGCUGCCGCUGCUCCGGGUCUCCCUACAACAAGCACGUGGGGGACAGCAUCUCCCGUCAACCCCGGGACCAGCAGUAGUCCCUGGGCGAAGCCAGCACCAGGAAAGGUCCCUGUAUCUGGGCCGGUUACUCAGGCGCAAUCCGCAGAUAAAAAGAAAACGCUAGCCGAUAUCCAGCGUGAAGAAGAGGCGCGCAAGCAGAAAGCGAAGGAGGCGGCCGUACAAGCCGGCCUCGCAGCCAGCGCCGGAAAGCGGUACGCGGAUCUCGCUAGCAAGCCUAAUUCGGGCCCCGCACCUAGUCAGACACCCACCGCCAACACGUCCGGGUGGGCCACUGUUGGAGCUGGCGGUAAGGUCAAAGCGCCCACCGGCCCGUCUUCCCAGGCACGACCUUCGAGCGCCGCAAAGCCGGUGUCUGCUGUCGCAGCUCCGCCACCACGACCUGCCGCCGUCAAGCCCGCAAACACGACGGCCGGUGCCACCCACACAGAAGCUAUGGACGAGUUUACUAAAUGGCUCCACGGUCAGCUGGCUAAAGGAAUUACGGGUGUUACGGACAUCGAAGCCUUCGCCAACACGCUCAUUGGGUUUCCUCUAGUGGGCGAUCUUAUAUCGGAUGCGAUCUAUGCCAACUCUAAGACGAUGGACGGGCGCCACUUCGCUGAGGAAUUCAUUCGUCGCAAGAAGCUAGCUGACCGAGGUGUGGUUGAGAAGCAGCCUGCCAAGAGCCCCUCGGCGGACACGCAGUCUAGCACGGCUGGCGGUUGGAACGAGGUGGCCAAGAAGAGCAGCCACAAAGAGCCGAGCAGCGACACCAACUCGAUCCAAGGUGCCGGCUUCAAGGUGGUCCCUGGGCGUAAGAAGGGAAAGAAAUGAGGGAGAUUCUGAAUCUUGAUUCUAAUGGCUGACAAGCUUCGGGAAUAUGAGUGUCAGGGAUCAUGAGCUCUGACGAUGUAAUGAAAAUCCACAUGGCUAAAGGUGUUGUUCAUGUAUAGUAACAAGGACCGGCCUCUUGCACGAUGGACUGUGUAGACGAUUGUUGAUGUGAAGAUGAAUGAUAAGAAUUGCUUGAAAGUAUGAGAGCCAGUUUUUUCACUUGCUCUUCCCAGAAGGCCUUGAGAACUAUAUGAGAACUAUACGCACAGUAUUUCCAAGGUUAGAUACCCAGGAAUAUAUCCAUAUGUACC